UCAUCAAACAAAAAGACAAAUUUGGCAGUUUAACAACCCCGAACGCAGCAUGACGCAACAACAAAGAUGGCGUGUUGUGGAAGCUGUUUGUGUUGCCAAUGUUGCUGCAGAGAAGGGGAGACGCGGACACCCGAGGAACUGACAAUUCUUGGGGAAAUCCAAGAUGACGAUGAUGAGAUUCUACCCAGGAAAGAUUAUGAGAGCUUGGAUUAUGACCGCUGCAUCAAUGAGCCCUAUGUGGAGAUUCUGGAGGGGAUGGACAACAAGAAAGCCCAAAAGUAUGAAGCAGUACGUUGGGUCAUGAUGUUUGCCAUCGGAGUCACAGUGGGUCUGGUGGGCCUCUUUGUGGAUUUCUUUGUACGCCUCUUCAGCAAAAUCAAGUUCACUGUGGUUGGAGAUUCUGUAGAGCGGUGCACGGAAAAAGGCUGUCUCCCUCUGUCUCUGCUGGAGCUCCUGGGGUUCAACAUGACCUUUGUCUUCAUCGCCAGUGUGCUCGUCCUCAUUGAGCCAGUAGCUGCUGGCUCGGGGAUCCCUGAAAUCAAGAGUUACUUGAACGGAGUGAAGAUCCCAGGAAUUGUCCGGCUGAGAACUUUCCUCUGCAAAGCUGCUGGAGUCCUGUUCAGUGUGGCUGGAGGUCUGUUUGUGGGGAAAGAAGGUCCGAUGAUACACAGCGGAGCCAUUGUGGGAGCUGGCCUUCCUCAGUUUCAGAGCAUCACUUUCAAGAAGAUCAAAUUUGAUUUUCCCUACUUCCGCAGCGACAGGGACAAGCGGGACUUUGUGUCGGCGGGGGCCGCUGCUGGAGUCGCCGCUGCCUUUGGCGCUCCCAUAGGUGGCACGCUCUUCAGUCUGGAGGAGGGCUCCUCUUUCUGGAACCAGGCCCUCACUUGGAAAGUGCUCUUCUGUUCCAUGUCGGCCACCUUCACCCUCAACUUCUUCCGUUCAGGGAUUAACUUCAACAAGUGGGGCUCCUUCCAGCUGCCUGGUCUGCUCAACUUUGGAGAGUUCAAGUGUUCAGAUGGAGAUAAAAACUGCCACCUGUGGACCGCUGUGGACCUGGCCUUCUUUGUCCUGAUGGGGGUGGUGGGGGGGCUGCUGGGGGCGCUCUUCAACUGCUUGAACAAGUACCUGUCCAAGUAUCGCAUUAAGCACAUCCAUCCCAAGGCCAAGUUUGUCAGAGUUCUCGAGAGUCUGCUGGUCAGCAUGGUGACCACCGUGGUCAUAUUUGCGGCGUCCAUACUGUUGGGCGAAUGCCGUGACUUUUCUUCCCCCACAUCCCAUAACACCACACUGUCCGGCAGUGAGGACAUCAACUCAACCAUUCGACAGUUCUUUUGCACCAACAAGACCUACAACGACAUGGCCACGUUGUUCUUCAACCCACAGGAGGCUGCCAUCCACCAGCUCUUCCACCAGGAUGGUACCUUCAGCCCUGUGACUCUGUCGGUCUUCUUCCUGCUGUACUUCCUGUUGGCCUGCUGGACUUACGGUGUGUCUGUACCCAGCGGCCUCUUUGUGCCCUCCCUGCUCUGUGGGGCGGCUUUUGGACGUCUGGUUGCCAACAUCCUCAAAGUGAAACUGGGGUUGGACAUCUACUCUGGGACCUUUGCUCUCAUUGGAGCUGCUGCCUUCCUUGGAGGCGUAGUCAGAAUGACCAUCAGUCUGACUGUCAUCCUCAUUGAAUCCACCAAUGAAAUCACAUACGGGUUGCCCAUCAUGAUCACUCUAAUGGUUGCCAAGUGGACUGGAGACUUCUUCAACAAGGGCAUCUAUGACAUCCACAUCCAGCUCAGGGGAGUGCCGCUGCUGGAGUGGGAGACUGAGGUUGAAAUGGACAGGCUGACAGCCAGUGACAUCAUGGAGCCAAACCUGACCUAUGUCUACCCCCACACCCGGGUCCAGUCUCUGGUCAGCAUCCUGCGAACCACUGUUUAUAACGCCUUCCCCGUGGUCACUGAAAACCGGCAGAACGAACGGGACUUCAUGAAGGGCAACAUCCUGGUCAGCAACAAUAUCCGCUUCAAGAAGUCCAGUGUAGUGUCCCGUGCGGGGGAACAGCGGCGCCGCUGCCAGUCCAUGAAGUCGUACCCAUCCAGUGAGCUGAGGAACGUCUGUGACGAGCACAACGUGGUGGUGGAGCCGGCCGAGGAGGGAGAGGACCUGCUGCAGCAGAUGUUAGAGAGGAGACACGCUCCCUACCCCAACCUGAACCCAGACCAGUCUCCCAGUGAGGAGUGGACCAUGGAGGAGCGCUUCAGACCACUCACCUUCCACGGCCUCAUCCUGCGCUCCCAGCUGGUCAACCUGCUCAUCAGGGGGGUCUGCUACGCUGAAAACCAGUCGAGCGCCACUCAGCCCAGGUUGUCGUAUGCCGAGAUGACUGAAGAUUACCCACGCUACCCUGAUAUCCAUGACCUCGACCUGGGCCUGCUCAACCCCCGCAUGAUAGUGGAUGUCGCCCCCUACAUGAACCCAUGUCCUUACACCGUGUCGCCCAACACCCACAUCUCCCAGGUGUUCAACCUAUUCAGGACCAUGGGGCUGCGACACCUCCCGGUGGUUAACGCUGUGGGGGAAAUUGUUGGAAUAAUCACAAGACAUAAUUUAACCCAUGAGGUCCUUGUGGCCAAACUGCACCAGCACAGCAUCACCAUCUGACCCGACUGUGGACAAUCUGCCAUCCUCCCAACCCAGACUGCCUGGUCCCGGACCUGAGCCUUUGUCUCUGUUGAUUUGUAAAAGCAUGCACACAUUGUCUCCUGUCCCUGAAACUAUUUUAUUUCACUCAAGUCUAACAUGUUCACAUGUUUGACCCGCAAACAAUAAUGAGAUCAUUCCUGAUUGUUUCCUUGAGGACGGGCUCUCCUCUGACUCCCCAUCAGACGAUCUGACAGCAUUCAGCUUAAAACGUUCUUUGGGUGACCACAAUCUUCAUGCUCCUCCUCCAACAGUCCUCCACCCACAAAACCACUUUAAUUUUUAUCAGUAUUAGCAAAUUACAAAUAUAUUUCUUU